UCUUCGUAUAGAUUACGUGAACAGCAAAGACUAAAUGCUAAAAGGCAAAAAUGGGAAACGUUGUUGUCUGAGUUUAAUUUAAGAAAAACACAAGGCUUAUCAGAGACUUGUGUUUCUUGUCAUCGUUUAAGAUUACCUAGUAGCAUGAUAAAUUGUCGAAAUGAACUACUAAGACAUCUUAAUAUAAAUAUUGUUCUAAAUGAUAACCAAAGUGUAUUCGCAUGUAAUAGUUGUUAUAAUCACUUAAAAAAAUCUAAAGUUCCACCAUUAUACACCGAAAAUGGAUUUUAAUUGAAUCAUGUUCCAUAGUCAGUUAAGGAGCUAAAUCAAAUUGAAAGACAAAUGGUUUCAUUGCGAUUACCAUUUUUGAAAGUAUUUAAAUGUCUUCGGGGGGAAGGUCAGCUGAAAAUUCAAGGUAGUGUUGUUAACGUACCGAUUGAUCUGACUAAGACAACCAGUAUUUUGCCACGAAGAGCGGAAAAUUUGACUGCUAUUAAAAUAAUGAAAGUCAAAUUAAAAAGAAAAUCCUGUUUUAAGCAACAUUAUUUGUAUCAAAAUGUUCGCCCAAUGUUAGUCGUCAAAGCUCUGAUGGACCUUAGAGACCAACCGUUAUACAGAAGUGCAGAAAUCGAUGAAGAAUGGUAUAGUCAUGUGACAAACCAUAUUCAGUCAAUUUCAAAAAACAUGGACUUAUUAAUCAAUGAAGAAUCUGAUGAGGUUGUCAAUGAAGAGCUUGACAAUCCGGGAACUAUAGACUCUAUGGUUGAAAAUGGAGAUUAUGUGUCUUUUUCUCCAGGUAAAGGUAUAAGACCUUUAUCUAUUUUAAUUGAUGACCAUGCUGAAGAAAAAGCAUUUCCUAAUUUGUUUGGUGGCCAUCCUAGAAAAGUUAAAGAUCCGCUAAAAAAUUACUCUAAAGUAAUAAGAUCAGAACUUAUAAAUUCAGAUCGGCGUUUUGCAGCAGAUACGCCGAAUUUGUUUUUCAAAUGUGAAGUUUUUGUGUACAAACAAAUUGCAAAUAAUGUACAAAUAAUUAUGAGGAAAAAUAAAAAAGAAAAUAUAACAGCUGGAGAUGUUGCAAACUAA